AUGAAGUCUUACAAACCCCGCCACCAAAUCAGCCAGGAGCAGCACAAGGCCACCACGGGUGCUGCUAUACCAGGCCUCACUGCAGCAGCAGCAGACAGCAGCAGCAGCAGCAGCAGCAGCAGCAGCAACAGCACCAGCAGCAGCAGCAGCAGGAGCCGCGUGCGGAAGAAGAAGCAGGGCAGCAGCCCCGCCGACGCUGCCGCAACUCCCGCUGCCUCUCCCGCGGCUCCUGCUGCUGCCAACUCUUCUGCUGCUGCUGCUGCUGCUGCUGCUGCUGCUGCUGCUGCUGCUGCUGCUGCUUGCUGCGAGCAGCUCUCGAACUUGUCCAUCAGCAACAAGGAAGCAAAUGCCUCCAGAGACCCAGCCAAGAGGUGCGUCCGCAGCAGCAGCGAAGACAUAGCAGCAACAGCAGUAGCUGCAGCAGCAGUAGCUGCAGCAGCAGUAGCUGCAGCAGCAGUAGCUGCAGCAGCAGCAGCAGCAGUAGCUGCAGCAGCAGUAGCUGCAGCAGCAGCAGCAUCAGUAGCUGCAGCAGCAGUAGCUGCAGCAGCAGCAGCAGCAGUAGCUGCAGCAGCAGCAGUAGCUGCAGCAGCAGCAGUAGCUGCAGCAGCAGCAGCAGUAGCUGCAGCAGCAGCAGCAGUAGCUGCAGCAGCAGCAGCAGUAGCUGCAGCAGCAGUAGCUGCAGCAGCAGCAGUAGCUGCAGCAGCAGCAGCAGUAGCUGCAGCAGCAGCAGCAGUAGCUGCAGCAGCAGCAGCAGUAGCAGCAGCAGCAGCAGUAGCUGCAGGUCGUCGUCGAGCAGUAGCUGCAGCAGCAGUAGCUGCAGCAGCAGCAGUAGCUGCAGCAGCAGCAGCAGUAGCUGCAGCAGCAGCAGCAGUAGCUGCAGCAGCAGCAGUAGCUGCAGCAGCAGCAGCAGCAGCAGCAGGUUGUGGUUGUGCAUGCAGGCUAAGGAACUUGAAAAAGAAACUCAACGAAAUAGAAGAGCUGCAGCAAAGGAAGGCCAAGGGAGAAGUGCUGCUGCCGGAGCAAGAAGAGGCAAGCAGCAGCAGCAGCAGCAGCAGCAGCAGCAGCAGCAGCGCAGCAGCAGCGCAGCAGCAGCAGCAGAGGCAUGGCAGCAGCAGUGCCCUUGACUAUCUGCCAGCAGCUGCUGCAGCAGCUGCUGCAGCAGCUGCUGCAGCGGGUGCUGCAGCAGCUGCAGCGGGUGCUGCAGCAGCUGCAGCGGGUGCUGCAGCAGCUGCAGCGGCUGUUGGGCAGUUGCAGCGCCUGCAGCAGCAACUGCUGCUGUGUGCCAAGAUAUGUGUUGCUGCUGCUGCUGCAGCAGCAGCUGCUGCUGCUGCUGCAGCAGCAGCAGCAGCUGCAGCAGCAGCAGCAGAAUUCAGUCCUCCGGCUCUUCCUCCGUGA